AUGUCCUCCAUAACUGCGACAACUGAAAUAUUCGCCGCCAAUCAUCUGAUCUGCGAUGCCAACGACGCAAUUAUUCUUAGGCCAAAAGGCGAAUUUAUUGCUGGUGGGACAACAUCAAUUGUCGAGCGUUUACCAUCAGGCGAUGUCAUUAAGACACCGUGGAGGGGUGGCGUCCGGGAGAACGAUUGCCAGAAAGAGAUUCUCGUUGAAGCCAAGAUAUAUCAGAAGCUCGGUGAUCAUCCCCGCCUAGUCAAGAUGAAACACUGGGACGCCAACGCCUUCACUUUGACUCUUGAAUAUAUGCCAAAUGGGACACUGAAGGAAUACACAAAAUCCCACGCUAAAGAGAUCUCACUGGCCCAAAAGCGUCGCUGGAUAUUGCAAGCAGCUGACGCCCUGACAUUUUUGCAUUCUGCUGGCAUUAUCCAUUGUGAUAUUGGUCCACAUAACUUCUUGUUGGAUGUGGACCUAAAUUUGAAGAUUUCUGAUUUCAGUGGUUCAUCACUUGAUGGGUCUCUUGCUAUGGUUUGUCCUGGGUCGAGAUACGCGGCACCGGAUCCAAAUUGGAAACCUGGGAAGAUACCCGUUGCUGGUGAGGACAUCUUCGCCCUAGGCUCAACCAUCUACCAUAUUAUCGAGGGCAAGGCACCCUUUGAAGACCUGUCGGAUGAUGAAGUUGAGCAAAAUUUCCUGAACGGGGUAUUUCCAGAACUUAAUGGUUUACCUUACGCUGAUCUCAUUGCGUUAUGCUGGCAACAGAAAGUCACGGCGUUAGAUAUAAUCCAACAUAUCGACAGGUUGAGUGACUCCGAAUAUGAGGAGGCUAUGGUUUAA